AUGUGGAAUGAGUCCUAAAUUAGCCAAUGGAACUAAAGAUAAUGGUCUUGGUAUUUAACAAAAGACAAUAUUAUUAUUCUUCAAAUGAAUAACAAAAUCUUCUCAUUUUAAAACACAAAUACAUUGGCUCAAGCAUUAACCAAUAAAAUACAUGAAUUAGAGUACCAAUCGAAAAAAGGUGUCAAAUAUCCUUUUGGAAACAAUGAAGACUUUGUGGGGAUAGGGCAAAUGAUUUUAGAGUUUUAUUUUUCGGAUUACUUGAUAUAAAGAGGGUGGCAUAGUUAUCCAAACAAAGAAAGUUAAAUUAAAAAGUCGAGUGAUCUUGUAUUGCUCAGAUAAAGACUAUUGAGUGAGAGGAAUUUAGCCGACAUAGCAUUAAGUUAUAAGAUUGACAAUAUUGUUCAAGUUGGUAACUAGAUCGGCUUAAAAAAAAACCCAAAGAUUCUAGCAGAAACACUCAAAGCAAUAAUUGCUGCCUAGUACUACGAUUCUGGUUACGACUUAGAUCAUUUAAGAGAGGUUGUUUAGCCUAUACUCAAAUAAGUUUUAGAUAAAGGAUAAGGUGUCCCCAUAGUAGAACUUAAAUAAAAUCCGAAAUCGGCAUUUUUAGAAUUUGUAAAUGGGUGCACUAAUUUGAAACCAAAAGUUUCUGUUGAAUGGAAGAAGGAUUCCUCCUAGAAUGGAAACCCAAUAAAUGUCUACUAGGUGUAAUUGGAAUUGAGCAACCUAUUGUCAAUCACUCGAGUGGGGAUAAAUAAGAGAAAUACGGAAUAAAUAGUGUAUAGAGAAGCAUUAAAAAUGCUUAAAUAGAUUUAAAUAAACUAAUCCAAUUCAUUAGAAUAGUAAAAUUACGAAACUCAACCAUUAAAAAUUAAAAAUUAAGAUAAAAAAUCAACAGAAGAAAUUACUAUUUUAGAUGAAUUAGAUACUUCCUCAAUAGAAUCAAGUUAAUUUUACUAAUUUUCUGAUUUAAGAGAUAAUGAUUUAAGUUUACUAGAAAACUAGGAUACUCUAGGAUAAAAGGUGGAAUCCCUUUUGGAAAAGUUUGCCUUAUGA